AUGUGGAGGAAGGGGAAGAAGAGGCAGGACGAGGAGAGUCCGACCGGUGCCAACGACUCCGACGGAGGUCCUCCGAGGAAGAAGGCGGCGACGGGUUCUGACGAGGAAGACAUCGUCGUUUGUGAUGUUCGUUUGCUUUCUGUCCCCCUCUCCCCCCCCCCCCCGUUGUUUGCCGUGUGAUCGUUCAAUCUUUCCCCAUCGAUUUCCCCCUCGUUCGGUCGUCGUUUACUCCCCUCUCUACUUUCCUCUUCUUUCAUACGUCUUCCCCUGAUAUUGGAGAGACUGUGGCUUCUCAGAUAUCGAAGAACCGGAGGGUCUCUGUGCGCUGCUGGCAGGGAAAGAUUGUGGUGGACAUCCGAGAGUUCUACUCCAAGGAUGGGAAAGAACUCCCUGGGAAGAAAGGUAUGCGACUAUCCCUGCUUAAAACCUACUCUUUGCUGCCACUCUGCUUGACAGAACCAGUUACGCCUUGCGUUGGCUUGGUUGGGGGUGACGGAACUGGUUAUUGGGGUUUUCUUUUCAGUUUAUGCUUGUGGUUUUGCUUCAUUUACUGUGAGUCUCGAUUAAUUUCUACCCGUUCUUGGUGAAUGGAAGCAGCUUUCUUUGGGCUUCGGGUUCUUUUUUUGAAUUCUCUCUACAUUGAACGCCUGUAGAAGAGAAGGGUUCGAAGCUUUUUUGGGUUGUGAUGAUUAACAGGAAGAACAUACGACAUUAGUACAAGUAAUUUGUCCCAGUUACAUAGAAUAAAUCUGCAUUGAAGAUUUAUACAUCUAGGAACGUCAAUGGUUAAAAAAAAAGAAAAAAAGAAAAAAAAACAGAAAUAAUGCAGCUUCGAUCCAUUAAUGAAAUUUGAUCAGCAUAGUACCUAAUGUUGUCUGAGAGCAGUUUAAUGACAAUUUUUUCAGCACUCCCAUAUUUCCCCUCUCAGAAAAAUUAUUGUAAUUACACAAAUUUUUAUCCGGAUGAUCCAACUGUACCUUAUUUAGUUUAGCCUCACAUAUUUUGCGGCGCUGAGCAUCAACUCUCCUUCUGCGCGGAAUCUCUGAACUUCAGGUUGUGUAUGCCACGUUAUUAUUUCAAGAAAUAGAUACCCAUCACUGGAGGAUAUAUUUUCUGCAUAUUAUUCGUCAACCUGGAUCAGACUGGAACAGAAAUAUGAUGGAAAAUUCGAUCCGAUCUAGAGCAAAUAUGAUACCUGAGGACCCCUGCAUGAAACUGGUCCUAGUUUUUUUAAAAUUAUUAUUAUUAAAAAUCACUGUUUUGGAUGUCGUAUGAAACAGACAACGAUGAUUAUAUUCUCCACGGCACAUCCAAUUUACUUGGUCGAGUGUUGUAGUAGAAUUUCCUUUGACUUUCUUGCUUGGUCGAGUUUGUUCACAUCUGCCCAUAUCACUAUAAAUUAGCAAUACAUCUGUCUUAUAGUCCCUAAUCGGUGUUUGGAAGCCGUUGCUUGAUCGAAAAAUGGUUCCCUGGAGGGGUACUCUCUGCAAUUAUUUUUUGUUGAAAAUGUUUUAUUUUUAUUUUUUUAUCUUGGCAAUGUAAAAUCUUUAGAAGACUUCUUCAUGUUGACGAAUCGUUGCUUUCUGUACGUGAAUCAGGUAUCUCCCUCACCAUGGAUCAGGUACGCUCGAACCUUCUGUUCUUCUGCGGCGGUUCCACGGCGCCCCAUUCUCUGGCGUCUGACGUUCCUCUUCCUUCCUGUUCAGUGGAACAUUCUGAAGGAUCACAUCGGCGAGAUUGACAAGGCCAUCGCCGAGAACGCCUAG